AAUUUAUCUAAAUGAGUGAUACAAGUAAAUAAGAUAAUACAUUUAGAUUCUACUCUCUUUUAUGCUGGUUUAACUUUGGCAUCUGGAUUGAUCACAGAUUUUUUAAUUAAUAGGUUGAACAAAUAGUAGAAAGGGGAAGAAGAGAAGCCCAUUAGAACUCUAACUAUAAGAAAAAGAUCUUUUGGUAUGAUUAGAUAUUAAUAUAGUCAAUUCAAAAUAAGCUCCAGUUCCAGAAGCACUUUUAAAUUCUGAGAAUCCAUUGUUGGAUGAGAUAAAAUUCUUAAACAGUGCUACAUGUGAUAUUUAGAGAGUGAAUCAUUUAUCACUUGGAUUGGAUGAUGAAUUUCCUAAUAUAAAAUCUCCAUUAUUGGGAGAAGGAAAUUUGAGAUCAGUAUUUGGAGGAGGAGGAUUUUUACCAGAUGAUGCAUUUGUGUAUUGUGGAUCAUACGUAAUAAAUACAGCUGUGUUUGGUCCUGGUAAAAGAAUAGAGAAUACAAAGAAAUGGUUAAGAGCAGGACCAAGAAAAUCAUUGUUUUUUGAUCCAAAAACAGUGAAGGUAUAAGUGAUAUUAAAUGUUUAAGGCUGCAAUAGUAACAUGUGGAGGAUUAUGUCCAGGAUUGAAUGUUGUAAUAAGAGAAUUAUUUAUGUCUUUGCAUUACAAUUAUGGAGUACAAGAUAUCUAUGGAAUAAAGUAUGGAUACAAGGGAUUUUAUACGUAUGAAUGGAUAAAGUUUGAUGCAAAUUAUGUGAAGAAUAUCCAUAAUUUAGGAGGAACUAUAUUAGGUUCUUCAAGAGGAGGGUUUGAUUUGAAUAAGAUAGUAGAGUCUAUGAUACAUCAUGGUGUAAAUUAAAUAUUUUGUUUGGGUGGAGAUGGCACUCAUGGAGGAGUAUUGGAAUUAUUUAAAGAGUUGAGAAAAAGAAAACUUAAGAUUUCAAUAGUUGGGAUUCCAAAAACAAUAGAUAAUGAUAUUGCAAUAAUAGAUGAAUCAUUUGGGUUCGAGACAGCUGUAGAAGUAAAUAAUAUUGAAAAUAUAAAAUUAGGAAGCAAUCAAUGCAAUUAGAUCAGCUUAUGUAGAAGCAAAUUGUGCAGAGUAUGGAGUGGGAUUAGUAAGAUUGAUGGGAAGAAAUGCUGGUUUUAUUGCUAUGUCUGCUUGUAAUGCUUCUAGAGAUGCACAUGUUUGUUUAAUUCCAGAAUUUAAAUUUGAAUUAUAUGGAGAUAGAGGAUUAUUAGAAUAUUGUUUUUAAAGACUUAAAAAGAAAGGCACUCUAGUGCUUGUUAUUGCUGAAGGAGCAGGAGAUGCUAUGUUAGAUUAUAAAGUCAACGUUGUAGAAACAGAUGCUUCAGGUAACAAAAAACCUUAAGAUGUUGGAGUAAUAGUAAAAGAUGAACUUACUAAAUACUGUAAAACAAAAAAUAUGACUAUCACGCUUAAACAUAUUGAUCCAACUUAUAUGAUUAGAACUGUUCCAGCUAAUCCUCAUGAUAAGAUUAUGUGUACUUAAUUGGCUUAAAAUGCUGUUCAUGGAGCAAUGGCUGGAUUUUCAGGAUUCACUGUUGGUCAUGUUAAUAAUAGACUAGCUUAUAUUCCAAUAGAGGAAUUGCUCUCUGGUAAAUACUCUAAUAGAGUUGUUGCUGAUAGUCGAGAAUGGUAAAGACUCCUUGCCAGUACUGGCUAACCUUCAUUCUUAAAUAAUGAAGAAUAGAUGAUCUAAAAAUAGUAAUAAUCAUGAGAAUAUUAAUAAAGCAUAUCUAUUAAAA